GUGUGGCAGGGACCAAGCAGGGCAGAAAUGGGGCUAAAAUAAGACAAAACAAUGUACGGCGAAACUGAAGACAACGUGGAAAUUAUGUGAAGAGGAGAAGGACGAAUCAGCAAUGGACUACGAGCCAAAGAAAUCCAAAAAGGGUUUCGUGUCACCCAUCAAACGUCUGGUCUGGUCAAAGUCUGGGCGUAGGACAGUGGACCGUAGCAGUGUUUACAGACGCCCACUGCACACUGUGCCGCUGUAUGCCCCUGAUUACCUCAUCCACCCGGAGAGGCUCAUCUUUGACUAUGUGGAGAAAGAAGUCAAGUUUCUUGGCCAUCUCACCUGGGUAUCUGUGUCUUUAAACCCAUCAAGUCGAGAUGAGCUGCUGCAACUUUUGGACACCGCCAGGCAGUUGAAGGUUCUGCCUCUGAAGACGAGUGUGGAGCAGGACUGCAUCCUGAGUCUGUCCGCCCGGUGUCUGCUGCUCACCUGGAGAGACAACGAGAAGCUCCUGAUGCGCAUCCCCACCCACCAGAUCGCUGCUGCCUCCUACUUGCGGGAUGACGCACUGCACCUGCUUGUCCUUAAAACAGGUUUGAAUGUGGACACUGUAGUUGCCGGUGACGACAGCGGAGCCAACAGUCGACGCCAGAGCGUGAGCAGCAACAAUGACCCUCGUCCUGAAGGGGGAACCAUGGAGCGGCGCCACAUCAUCUGCGGGGUGGACUGGAGGCCGUCCCUGUCCCGGAGCAGCCACGACAAGAACCAAGCCCAGAACAUGGACCGAGCAGGGGAGCGGGUCGGGGGAGGGGGCAGCCUGGAGAGGAAGAGGGUUGGGGGCAGCUGGGAGCGGAGGCAACCCACCCGAAAACCUGGGGGGAGCUGAAACCGCCGAGCCCGUCCCAUGAGCGGGAGUUGGGAGAGGAGAUUGGGGGCGGGCAGCUGGGAGCGGAGAGGGGGCACGGAGAGGGGCGGACCGGGCUCAGGGGCAACGGGAGGCAGCUGGGAGAGACGCCAGGCUUGCACCGGGAGCUGGGAACGGGGCAAGAGCUACGGAAGCUGGGAGAGGAGGAACCACAACCCCCUGGAGCCCACGCCCUGCCCCGACGCUUACUGCAACCUGGUCAUUCUGGCUGUGGAAAACAGGGAUGCUGCAGAAGAAUAUUGCUCCCUCAUUUGUCAAAUGUUCCAGAUCAUUUACGGGCAUCGGACCAUUGAGUGUGUUGACCGAGCGGGCUUCCACCACACCCUGCCAGAUCGCUACUGGCUGCAGAGGAGCGACAGCUGCCUCACUGAUGUGUCGUACAGUUAUGACCCAGAGUUCAGCUGCUGCAGCUCCUAUGAUGGGUCCCAGGAAGCCUUUGAGAUGUACUACAGUGAAACGUACAGUGAGAGCUCGUCCCAACGCAGUGUGGCGUCUGCCAGUGACGGAGACAACAGCGCCGCCCUGCUGCUCAUGCAUGACUACAUGACUACUGUGAGGCCCCAUGCAGCACUGCUUUUUCUGUCUCCCUUUGUUACAUGCAUUUUCUCAAGAAUGCGGUCGUUCAUCCCUGACCAAGAUGUGGGAGUCUUUGAAAGUUUCCUGGAGAGCAUCGGCAUCAGAGAGGGCGGGAUUCUAACCGACAGCUUUGGACGCAUCAAACGCAGCAUGAGCAGCACGUCAGCCUCUGCCAUGAGAGGACUCACGAAUGGACUCAUCAAGUCACAUCAGAGGGGAACCCUCAGGACCUUCGAGGUAUUCAGGGAAGGCACUGAACUAAAGAAACACCUGCAGGGCCUUCGGUGGCUGGAACAAAGGCCUGUGCAAUACAAGUCAAUGUGGGGAUGA